CUCAACUAAAAAAACAUGUAUAAAAUAUACGCACAAGAACCGCAAGAUCAUCAAAAAAUCUAUAAAAUAAACACACAUGCACCAUUCUACACCCUCCUCCCUCAAUAAUCAACCAAAAAAACAAAAUUAAGAAAAAAUCAUGUGGGCAAUCCUCUUCUUCCUCCUCCCCUUCCUCCUCAUCCUCUACCUCCAAACCCAACCACCCAAAUCGGGCCGGGCCCCCCGCCCUCCCGGCCCGGCGCAUCUCCCCCUCAUCGGCAACCUCCACCAAUUCGACGGCCGCUACCCCCACACCUAUCUCCACCGCCUCUCCCUCCGAUACGGUCCCCUCGUCUCUCUCCGCCUCGGCUUCCGAAAUGUCCUCGUCAUCUCCUCCGCCAAAAUCGUCCACCAAAUCCAAAAAUCCCACGACGCCACCUUCUCGGGCCGCCCGGCCCUCGUAAGCCUCCAAAAACUCUCCUACAACGGCAUCGACGUUGCCUUCUCCACCCACAAUGACCUUUGGCGCGAGAUGCGUAAGGUCUCGACUCUCCAUCUCUUUAGCCCAAAACAGGCCCAAUCCUUCCGGCCCGUUCGGGAGGAUGAGGUCUCCCGAAUGGUCCGGAGGAUAGCCUCGGAUGCCGCGGCCUCCCGAGCCACGAACCUAAGCGAGAUGAUGAUGAUGCUGACGAGCAACAUGAUAUGCCGAGUGGCGCUCGGGAGGGGGAUAGGGUACGAGGAGGGGGUAGAGUACAAGCGAUUUUUCGAGCUCUUUAACGACGUGCAGGGAGUUCUGACGGGGCUUUUCUUGGAGGAUUAUUUCCCGGGCCUCGGGUGGGUGGAUCGGUUAACCGGGAUGAGGGGGAGGUUGGAGAAGAUCUUUGGGGAGUUGGAUAAGUUUUAUGAGGAGAUGAUUGAGGAGCACUUGGAUUAUGAGAGUAGGCCAAAGAGCAUGGAUGGGGAUAUUUUGGACCUUUUGCUUGGGGUUAAGAGGGAUGGCUUGUCUAGUGUUGACCUCACCAUGGAUCAUGUCAAAGCACUUCUAAUGAACAUCAUAGUAGGAGGCACAGAUGCAAUUGCAGCUGUUGUAGUAUGGGCCAUGACAGUCCUCUUGAAAAACCCAACCAUGAUGAGAAAAGCCCAAUCCGAACUCCGACAGCUCGGUCGAAAGGAACUAAUCUCCGAAACCGAAAUCCCCAAUCUACCCUACCUACGCGCACUCGUCCAAGAAACUUUCCGACUCUACCCGCCGGCCCCACUCCUCGUCCCGCGAGAGACACUCGCAGAGUGCACGAUCGACGGGUACAAAAUCGAGCCCGGGACCACGGUCCAUAUCAACGCUUGGGCCAUGGGGAGGGACCCAGAGUUUUGGGAGAAGCCCAACGAGUUUCGGGCCGAGAGAUUCCUUGAGAGGGAAAUCGACAUCAAGGCCCGUGAUCCAAUGUUGAUCCCAUUUGGAAUGGGCCGAAGGGGUUGCCCUGGGAUGGUGAUGGGGCUAGUGGCCACCGAGCUUGCCCUAGCCAACUUGUUGUAUGCUUUUGAUUGGGAAUUGCCGCGCGGGAUGAAAGAGGAUGAUGUGGAUUUCGAUGUCUUGCCGGGGAUGACGAUGCAUAAGAAGAGCGCGCUUUGCGCGGUGGCCAAAGCCUAUAUUGUGCAUGAUUAGUGGGUUUUUUAAGGUUAUUGUAUUGGAUUUCAGUGAAUAAAUAAAUAGGGAGAGAACCAAUGUCUGCAAGAUAUAUAUACUCUUAUUCUUUUCCCCAAAUGACCACAAAUUGAAGGGGAAAAAAAAAAAUGUUUUCAUUAUCCUUUUCUUGGUGUUUCUGCUUAACCACAUCGAUUAAGCACGACACCAAAUAGAACACUUGAAACCGUAGCAAGCAGAUUUAACAAACCAAAAUGCAGAAACUCAGCAUAAUCAUCGAGCAAUGGAACUGGUAAUCGACAA